AUGGGCGACACGAUCGUCGACGUGCUGAUGGGCCCCGUUUACGUCGAGAGCGUCGUGCGCCAUUACCCGAACCACGCGGUCUUUUCGCCCGCCGACGCCAGCAGCGCCUCGCUUUUCGCGAAGCGCGAGGGGCCGCUGCCGCCCGGGCGGCGUAACUUAUCUCCGCCCUCCGCGCAUCCUCAUUCCGCCGUUCCGCCAUUGGUGCACGUGCCCGCGCGGUCCCCGCCCCGCGUCACUAUUCUCGUGAAGCCCCGCCAUCGCGUCAAUCACAGCACCAGCGCGCUCCCCGACUUUUCCCCCGACGCCUCUCCGCCACACGCGCGCAUCUCCGCCGCCGCCGCUCCAGGGCCGUUCGCCACAGGCGCGCACACCCCUGCUCACGCGGAUGGCGGAGCGAGCAGGCGGCGCGCGGGAGAGACGGGCGGGAUGGCGCCGAACGGGAAGACGGGGGAGAGCCACGCGGGGGACGGACAGGGCGUGGGGCUGGCGGCUUCCCCCGGGCGGCUGAUGGUGCCCGCGCUGCGGCGGUCCAGGCGCGGCAUGCACCGCCCGUGCAAAUCGUUGAGCGGAAGUCCGGAGGAGAUAGGGGGACUCGCGGAAGAGGCCAAGGCGGCCGCGCCGCUCUACGCCAGCGCGCUGAGGCCCAGGACCGCGGGCGGGGAGCGUAGCGGGGGGAAGGGCGCGGGGGCGGGGGCGAGGGCGGGGAGCAGCCCGCUGACGCGCAGCCACGGGCGCAGGCACUCGGGUGGGGAGGGCGUGGGGGGUGCGGCGGCGCUGGACGCGGUAGAGGCGCUCAUUGGCGCGCAGAGGGUGCUGAGCAUGGCGGAGGGGGGGCAGGGGGGAGGAGGGGGGGGGGGAGGAGGAGGAAGGGGGAGAGAUGCGGGGCGAGGGGAAGGCGGAGGGGAAGGGCGGGCAGGGGUGGGCGGAAGCACUGGUGGAGAGGAUGAGGCAGCUGAGUCCGCUGAGGGGGAGGAGCCCCUUGAGGGGGAGGAGUCCCAUGAGGGGGAGGAGUCCGCAGAGCGGGAGGAGCCCCACGUCCCAGCGCGUGCAUGCUGCCCGCCCACUCUUCUUCCCCUCCUUCCCAGCGCUGCGCCGCGUCCACCACCCCCCUCGCAGCACUCUCCCCCCCACGCUGCCGCCCCCUCAUACCGCUCUCCUCCUCACGAUGACACACUCGGGCGUCACCAGGGGGCCUCCAUGAGCCCUCGCCCUGUGAGCCCUUGCCCUGUGAGCGAUGUGGAAGGAAGGGGAGAGAUGGACACAGAGAUGUGGUGUGAUGGGGUUGGGAAUGAGUGGACGAGGCAGGGGCAGCAGCAGGGGGGGCGCGGGGAGGAGGCGCGCAGUGAGUUGAAGCGCAAGGCACGUGACAAGGGAAGUGAGGGUGACAGGGCCAAGCAGGGGAGCAGGGGCCGUGAAGACAGUGGCAGUGAGGGCAGAGGGCGAGAGCGCAGCCCGCUGAGGCGCCUACUGCACGCCAUCUCCCUGGACAGCAAGGGCAGUGACGGCGACAAUCCCAAGGAGGAGAGCAGUGGCCAUGGGCAGGAGGGCAGAGGCCAGGACCGCAGCCCGCUGAGGCGCCUGCUGCACGCCAUUUCCCUGGACGCCCCCUCCCGCCCUGGCAGGCCCAGGCGAGCCGUGGAUGACAGCAUGGUGGGCAGCAGCAGCAAGGGCAAGGCAGCACACGGAACACAGGGUGUAGCAGCUGCAACAACGGCAGGGGCAGCGGGCACAGCAGCAUCAGCAGAAGAGGACAUGGAGUGGCAGGCGGCGGUGCAGGCGUUCAGGCGGAGAGUAGAGGUGCUGAACGGGGAGUGCCUGUUCAACUGGUCCACGGUGACAGCCGGCAAGGAGGAGAGGCGCGCCGUGAUGUGGAAGCCCGACCUGCCCGACGUGCAGGAGGCGAGUGAUGCCGGGUCGUUUGCGGCGCCCAUCACACGGCACAAGCGGACACUGUCCGCUCAGAUCACCAGCUGGCUGAGCUAG